UGGCGCUAAAUAUUUUGUUUAUUUCUACUUCAGUUCAAGAUGGUAUUGCAGAACAGUGGAAAGUAUACUAGACCAAAAGCGGAUAAUGAUUCAGACAAUACAGGACGUGAUGAAGGAUCAGAUAGAAGAUUACAGCGGGCCGUGGCUGGUGAUGCGGUGGACAGCAAGUUUGGAUUUGACAGAUACAAGGAUGCGAAGGAGAGAACAGGAUGGCUCAUCAACAUGCACCCAGCAGACAUUUUGGAUGAAAAUAAGCAGUUGAUAAGUGCAGUGGAUUACUAUUUUCUGGAGGAAGAUGGUUCUCGUUUCAAGGCAACUUUACCGUUCAAGCCAUAUUUCUUUGUGGCAACAAAGCCUGGCUGUGAGAGAGAGGUAGCAUCCUAUUUGACCAAGAAGUUCUCGGGAAAAUUGGCCACCGUAGAGACAGUGUACAAAGAAGAUUUAGAUUUGCCAAAUCAUUUGGUGGGACUAAAGAGACAAUACCUCAAGCUGUCCUUUCUAUCAGUAGAUGAACUCACAAAAGUGAGGCGUGAAAUUCACCCAGCUGUUCGUAAGAACAAAGAGCGAGAACAGUCCAGUGAGGCUUACACUACACUUCUCAGCAACCACCUACUUGGAACAGAUGUGGACAGUUCUGAAAACAAAGCUUCCAAUCAGAUGGAAAACAUUAUUGAUAUAAGGGAAUAUGAUGUUCCUUACCAUGUGCGUGUGUCCAUCGACUUGAAGAUUUUUGUAGGACACUGGUACACCGUGAGGGGACGUGGCUCACUUCCUGUAGAAAUUCGGCAUCGGGAGGAUCUCGUGGAUAGACCUGAUCCUGUUGUUCUAGCCUUCGACAUUGAGACUACAAAAUUACCGCUGAAAUUCCCCGACUCCCAAACUGACCAAAUUAUUAUGAUAUCAUACAUGAUAGAUGGACAGGGUUUCCUGAUUUGUAACAGAGAAAUCGUGGCCCAGGACGUGGAAGACUUUGAAUACACUCCGCGUCCGGAAUUUGAGGGGCUUUUCACCGUGUUCAAUGAACCUGAUGAGGAAUGUUUGCUUCGAAGAUUUUUUGACCACGUCUUGGAAGUGAAGCCACAGAUUUUCGUAACUUACAAUGGAGACAACUUUGAUUGGCCAUUUGUGGAGACAAGAGCUGCUAUUCAUGCUAUGGACAUGUCACAGGAGAUCGGUUUCCAGAAAGAUAACCAAGGAGAAUACAAGUCUCGGCCGGCUGUCCACAUGGAUUGUUUAAGAUGGGUGAAGAGAGAUAGUUACUUGCCGGUUGGGAGUCAGAAUCUGAAGGCUGUAGCAAAGGCAAAGUUGAGGUAUAACCCCGUGGAACUGGACCCUGAGGAGAUGUGUAGAAUGGCCAGCGAAGAACCUCAGGUUUUAUCAAACUACUCUGUGUCGGAUGCUGUGGCGACCUAUUACCUGUACAUGAAGUAUGUUCAUCCUUUUAUUUUUGCUUUGUGCACCAUCAUUCCCAUGGAGCCAGAUGAGGUUCUGAGGAAAGGUUCUGGAACUCUAUGUGAAGCUUUGUUAAUGGUACAGGCAUACCACGCCAACAUUGUGUUCCCAAAUAAACAGGAGGCAGUCUGGAAUAAGCUGACGGACGACGGCCACGUUUUGGACUCGGAGACCUAUGUUGGUGGUCAUGUAGAAGCCCUGGAAUCUGGAGUCUUCAGGGCAGAUAUUCCAUGUAGAUUUAGAAUGGUACCCGAAGCAUUUCAGAAUUUAAUUGACAAAGUGGAGAAAACGAUGAAACAUGCAAUAGAGGUGGAGGAGAAAAUCCCGCUGGAGGAGGUGACAAACUUUGAUGAAGUGUGUGCGGACGUAGUGGAGAGUUUGUCCAUGCUGAGGGACUGCCCCAACAGACUUGAGAAUCCCAUCAUUUAUCACUUGGACGUAGGGGCCAUGUACCCCAACAUCAUUCUCACCAACAGAUUGCAGCCACCAGCCAUUGUAGACGAGAGCACCUGUGCAGCCUGUGAUUUUAACAAACCCGGGGCUACUUGUCAGAGGAAAAUGCCCUGGAUGUGGAGAGGAGAAUACAUGCCAGCAUCCAAAAAUGAAUUCCACAGAAUUCAGCAGCAGCUUGAGAACGAGAAAUUUCCUCCAGCUUUCCCCGGAGGGCCACCACGAGCUUAUCACCAGCUUACCAAAGAGGAGCAAGCAACCGCAGAGAAAAAAAGACUCUCAGAUUACUGUAGGAAAGCGUACAAGAAAGUGCACUCUACGCGGAUGGAGGAACGAACGGCUACUAUCUGUCAGAGAGAAAACUCGUUUUAUGUGGACACUGUCCGAGCAUUUAGGGAUCGGCGAUAUGAAUUUAAAGGUCUGAAUAAAGUGUGGGGUAAGAAGUUGGCAGAGGCCAAGAAGUCGGGAGAUGCAGCAGAGAUUAAGAAGGCCAAUGGUAUGGUUGUCCUCUACGACUCGCUACAGCUGGCUCACAAGUGUAUCCUCAACUCCUUUUAUGGAUAUGUCAUGAGAAAGGGGGCUAGAUGGUACAGCAUGGAGAUGGCAGGAGUUGUCUGCUACACAGGAGCCCACAUCAUCACCAAGGCCAGGGAAAUUGUGGAGCAAAUAGGCCGCCCAUUAGAGUUGGACACAGAUGGCAUUUGGUGUGUUUUGCCAGCCACAUUUCCAGAGAACUAUGUGGUGAAAUCGACUAAUGCAAAGAAACCCAAAGUGACCGUGUCUUAUCCAGGAGCCAUGCUCAACAUCAUGGUCAAGGAUCUGUUCACUAACGACCAAUACCAGGAGCUGGAAGAUGCCAGAGCACUGAAAUACUCAGUGCGCAGUGAAAACUCCAUCUUCUUUGAGGUAGAUGGUCCAUAUCUUGCUAUGAUUUUGCCUGCUUCGAAGGAAGAGGGAAAGAAACUGAAGAAGAGAUAUGCUGUGUUCAAUUUUGAUGGAUCACUAGCGGAGCUGAAGGGGUUUGAGGUGAAGAGAAGAGGGGAGUUGGAGCUGAUCAAGAUUUUCCAGUCCUCGGUGUUUGAAGCAUUUCUGAAGGGAGUUGCAUUGGAUGAAUGCUAUGCAGCUGUUGCUAAAGUGGCAGACUAUUGGUUAGAUGUACUCUUUAGCAAGGCAGAAAACAUGCCAGAUUCUGAAUUAUUUGAGUUGAUUGCGGAGAAGAGAAACAUGUCUAGAACUUUAGCAGAGUAUGGUGAGCAGAAAUCGACAUCAAUCAGCACAGCUAAACGUCUGGCUGAGUUUCUGGGUGACCAGAUGGUGAAGGAUGCUGGUUUGAACUGUCAUUAUGUGAUUUCCAAGAAACCGGAGGGAUCCCCAGUCACGGAGAGGGCGAUUCCGUUAGCCAUCUUCCAGGCAGAACCCAGUGUCACCAAACAUUAUCUCAGGAAGUGGCUAAAGAGCCCAAGCCUGUCGGAUUUUGGAAUUCGAGAGAUAUUAGACUGGGAAUACUACAUAGAAAGAUUGGGAAGCUGUGUUCAGAAAAUUAUCACCAUUCCAGCUGCCCUACAACAGGUGGCAAAUCCAGUUCCCAGGGUGCCUCAUCCACCAUGGCUUCACAAGAAGUUAAUGGAGAGGAAUGACAUCUUUAAACAGAAGAAGAUUAGUGAAAUCUUUGCACCAGCUCAAAGAAAGAAGACAGAAGAGAUUUCCUCAGAGAAAGAGCUGUUUUCACAAGAGGAUGAGGCAAACCACACAGUGUCCGAUAUGGAGGACAUGAUGAAUUUUAAGAAACCUGCAAAUGGAAUGGUGGUUAGUCACAAGAGGAAGAGAGAUCGGUCGAGUAUCGGAGAUGUGGAGGCCAGCCAAGAUUCCCAAGGCUCACAAACGUGGAGGGAAAUACUAGGACCACCUCCUUCUAUGGGAACCACGAAGGAAGAGAGACGGACUUGGUUGGAGUAUCACAAGAAGAAAUGGCAACUUCAAGCCAAGGAUAGAACUGAGAGGAAGCGGAGGCGUGUGGAAUUCGGAGACGUUACAACGGGGGCCUACCUGGGAGGGAACAGAUCUGGUCUGAGUGGCUUCCUCCGCAGGACGGCUCGCAGUAUCAUGGACAUGCCCUGGCAGAUCGUACAGCUGAUGGAGACUGGACACCCUGGGCAGUUCAAACUGUGGGCUCUGAUUGGAAAUGAUUUGCAUGCCAUGAAAGUCAAUGUACCCAGGAUAUUUUAUGUGAAUCAGAAAACUCCAAAGGAUGGAGAGGGUGCAAUGUGGAAAAAGGUGAUGAAGACGCUACCUCGCUCCCAUCCUGUGAUGUACCUGUACGAGUACUCGGUCCCCGAGGAUGUCUAUCAGGAACAUAUCAAUGAGAUAAGUGCCGAUUUAUCCUCUCCUGACAUUGAGGGCGUGUACGAGACCCAGGUUCCACUGUUGUUCCGUGCCCUAUGUAGACUAGGGUGUAUCACCACAGUUAAUCGUGACUUUGCUAAGUACAUGCAGGGACGAGAAACGGACACCUUUGACUUAGAUCACCUGAACUUCCGAACUCUGGCACAGUUUUCCUACUUGGAGCCAGGCUCCAUGAAGCAUAUAUAUUUAUAUCACCAUGCAUGUGGAAGUAAAAUGGUGUUUGGAGUUUUCUUCCCCAUGUCGAAGCGGGCUGUUGUUUACAUAGUGGACACUGUAAGAAGUGACCAGAUGCCAACCCUGACAGCUUUGUACAAUGCGGAGAGAAAUUCCAAAUUGACCAAGCUGGAUGAGAAUGACCUUCCCCCUGCUAGCCACACCUUUGAAUACAAACUGGAAAAGGAUGUCCGUCAAGUGUAUAGGUCAAUCCAGAGGUCACUGUCUGCCUACAAGGAUGAGAAGCGGGGGCCCACAUAUAUAGCCAUCCAGUCACCCCAAGAUUUCCAGCAUCUGACAUCCUCUAUGCCUGGCCUGAAUGAUUUUCCACUUGUACCUAUCCAUGCAGCAGACAGUGAUCACAUGUAUAAUGUGCUGGACUGGCAAAGAGUGGGAUGUAGACGCAUGAUUCAACACUAUCUCAAUGUCAAGUUCAUCCUGCAGUCCAUGACUGAGCAGUGUCGCUACUUGCACAUCCCUCUAGGCAACUUCCCGACAGACAUCACCAUGUUUGGCUGUGACCUUUUCUUUGCUCGCCAUCUACAUAAACACAACCAUGUGUUGUGGUGCUCGUCCUCGGAGAGACCAGACUUGGGCGGGAAGGAGGCAGAUGAUAACAGGUUAUGUAUGGAGUUGGAGGAGAGUUCUAAUGUUGAAGUGAAUAACCCUGGAGCCUGUCCGACUGUGUGUGUAGAACUAGAGAUCUCUAGUCUGGCUGUCAAUACCAUAAUAAAGUCUGCCCACGUGAAUGACCAGGAGGGAGCCAGUGCAGUCAGUUUUGAUACCCUGCCUCAGUCCUCUUUAGAGGAAAUGGUCCAAGGUCAAGGUGCUGCCACCUAUCUUGCCAGUUAUGAUGAAACAGCUCUCUGCUCUACCAGCUUCAGGAUUCUGAAGACGAUGGUACAGGGAUGGGUAAGAGACGUCACUCUCUACAAUAAUAUAUUUGCAGACAAUCAGAUCAUUCACUUCUACAGGUGGCUGCAGUCUUCCACAGCUCUGUUGUAUGACCCAGCACUGAGAAGAACUCUGCACAACAUGAUGAAGAAAGUCUUUCUUCAGUUGAUAUCUGAAUUUAAAAGACUGGGAUCCAACAUAGUUUACGGAAACUUUAACCAUCUGAUCCUUUGCACAAAGAAGCGGCGCCUGGUGGAUGCUCUUGGCUAUGUGGAGUAUAUUACCAACAGCAUCAAGUCCAAGGACCUAUUCCAGAUUGUGGAGAUAACUUAUGAACAGUGUUGGGAGUACCUUGUUUGGUUAGAUCCUGCCAACCAUGGGGGUGUGAAAGGACGACUGCCAUCUGAAACCCCACUGGAGCAGACCCAACCUGACCCAGAAAAAGAGGGUGACAGUGAAGAGGAGGGGGAGGAAAGGGAGGAAACGGAAAUAUUGAACAAAUCGGAGAAUGAAGACGAGCCAGAGAUUGAGAUGAACUGGAACAUCAUGCAGUUUCUACCGGAGGCAGGUGCUUGCCAAACUAAUUUCAAUUUGAUAGUUGCAGGAUACAUUUUGUCAGUGUACAACCAGCUUCAGGAAGAGCAGAAAAUCCUGACACCAGGGAGCACACCUGUGAAACGACGCCACAACAGCCAGAGUCAGAGAGUUGUAGAAACCACCACCACCACACCACAAUCGGUGACCUUUGCACAAGACCUGGUGGCUGGAGAUUUAGCUCAACAAAUGUUUCUAAUAACACAGAAAAUUCACAAGAAAUUUGGCCAUGUGAAUGAUAUGUCAGGAGAGUUUCCAAACCGACCAGGCUCACAUUUAGCCCUGCAGAAUCCAGCUUUAGAGUUUGUCAAAUGUGUCUGUAAGGUUCUUUCCUUGGACAGUAACAUUAACCUCCAGGUGAUGAAGUUAAAACGUGACCUUCUGAAACUGAUUGGAGUAGGAGAAUUUGCUGAGGAAGCAGUCUUCACUGAUCCGUGUCUAUCCUACAUUCUACCAGAGGUCAUAUGUAAAUCAUGUAACCACAUUCGUGACCUUGACCUGUGCAGAGAUCCUUAUCUUAGCCAGGAUAGAUUGGAUUCCUCCUGGGCGUGUGUACGAUGUAAGGCGCCUUAUGACAUGGAUGAGAUAGAGGAUACUCUCCUUGAUGCUGUACACAGGAAGUCGAUGGCCUUCACACUGCAGGACCUCAAAUGUGUCAAGUGCAAUGGAGUGAAGGAAAACAAUAUGAGAAAAUACUGCAGAUGUGCAGGGGACUUCACCAACACCAUGUCGUCAGGGGAUCUGGCGAAAACUUUAAUGACAUUUAAAGGAAUUGCCAGACACUACAACAUGGUUUUGCUGAUGGAAACGGUGGAAUGGAUUUUGAAAAUGAAUCCUAAAAUGACUUCUGACAAUUGAUUUUGAACAAAUGGUGUGAAAGGAGCAGAUGAAAAACUGUGAUAUUUAUUGAAUAAAAUUCUUAAUCGAUA